ACCUACCUCGCUGGGGGACAGAAGUUAGCCAAUAGAAUGUCUUGGACGUUUAAUAGACAGCACGAUUAUCCAAUGAGCUGCUGCGGGAGAAACAUGCAGUUUUAUGUGUCCCGCCUCCUCUUGAUGGUGACCCGGGCUGCACUGCGGGUGUCAGGGCUCCUUUUCUGGAUUCUAGUUUACAUUGCAUCUCUUCUGGCAGCGGCUUCCUACCUGCCUGAUGCUCUGAGGCUUAUAGCCAAGGGCCCACUGAGGGCGUUUUAUUGGGUACCGCGCAAGGCUGCCCCCUCCUGCUUAAUGAGCAGCAAGCAUGGCCAGCAUGGAUACAUCAGGAUCAAGAAUUCUGGGAUACGAUUCCAUUACGUGGCUUCUGGAGAAAAGGGGAAUCCAUUAAUGCUUCUCCUGCACGGCUUCCCUGAGAACUGGUACUCCUGGAGGUACCAGCUGGAUGAAUUCUCCCAAGAGUACUGGACUGUUGCUGUUGAUCUAAGAGGAUUUGGAAGCUCUGAUGCCCCUUCCGAACUGUGUGAUUACAGAAUGGAGACCCUACUGCAGGACGUAAAGGAUCUUAUUACAGGACUCAAUUACACAACCUGUGUUCUAGUCGGACACGAUUGGGGGGGCACCUUGGCGUGGACAUUUGCAGUUCGUCACCGUGACAUGGUGUCCCGACUCAUCGUUAUGAAUGCACCACACCCAUCAGCCUUUCACGAUUACGUGCUUGCUCAUCCGUCCCAGCUCUUCUCCUCCCGCUAUGUCUUCCUCUUUCAGUUGCCUAUUCUACCAGAGAUCCUCUUGUCUAUGGGUGACUUUGAGUACAUACGGAGGCCUCUGGUAGAUGCCACCAUGGGGAUCCAGAAUGAAGAGCGGAGGCUGACUAAGGAAGAAGUUGAAGCCUUUCUGUACCGCCCAUCCCAGAGAGGAGCCUUAACACCCCCUCUUAAUUACUACAGGAAUCUGUUUGGGUUCUUCCCAGUAAAGGCGCAGGAUGUACUUGUGCCCACGUUGCUGCUGUGGGGGGAAAAUGACCAUUUCCUGGAGGCUGCAAUGGUCCCAGAAAUGCAGCAAUACGUCCAUGCACCCUUCCACGCUGAAAUUAUUCAGAACGCCAGUCACUGGCUGCAGCAAGACCAGCCAGAGGAGGUAAACAGGAUCAUGAAGGACUUCUUGAGGCAGGAGAUGACGAUGUCCUCGCAUUGACCCUAAAGACUUGUACAUAGAACUCUGAGAAUCUGGGUUUGCUCUGUAUAAACAACUACUGACUAUAUAACCUGUACAUAGAACUAUUGGAUUGUGGUUUGCUCUGGCUUAAUAACUACUGUACCAGAUCUGGAGACAGUAACUUCUGUAUAAACCACUACUCACUCCAUAACCACUACAUAGCGAUCUGGGGAUGGCGGUAAUCUCUGUGUAAACCACUACUCACCACUUAACCAGUACAUAGAGAUCUGGGGAUGGUGGUAACCUCUGUAUAGACCCAUACUCAUGCCAUAACCAGAACAUAGCGAUCUGGGGAUGGUGGUAAGCUCUGUAUAAAUCCAUACUCACUCUAUAACUGGAACAUAGCUAGCUGGGAUGGUGGUAACCUCUGUUAAAACCACUACUCACUCCAUAACCGGUACAUAGAGAUCUGGGGAUGGUGGUAGCCUCUGUAUAAAACACUACUCACUCUAUAACCGGUACAUAUAGAUCGGGGGAUGGUGGUAACUUCUGUAUAAACAGCUACUCACUCCAUAACCGGUACAUAGAGAUCGGGGGAUGGUGGUAACCUCUGUAUAAACCACUACAUAACCGGUACGUAGCGAUCUAGGAUGGUGGUAUCCUCUGUAUAAACCACUACUCACUCCAUAACCGGUACAUAGAGAUCUGGGGAUGGUGGUUACCUCUAUAUAAACCACUACUCACUCCAUAACAAGUACAUAGAGAUCUGGGGAUGGUGGUAACCUCUGUAUAAACCACUAGUCACUCCAUAACCGGUACAUAGAGAUCGGGAGAUGGUGGUAACCUAUGUAUAAAACACUACUCACUUCAUAACCGGUACAUUGAGAUCUGGGGAUGGUGGUAACCUCUGUAUAAAACACUACUCACUCUAUAACCUGUACAUACAGAUCUGGGGAUCAUGGUAACCUCUAUAGGAACAGCUACGCCAUAACUUUAUCAAAGUGUGCAUAUGUCACAGGUUGCAUACACAUCUUAAACUAAGAGCAAUUCUUAGUCAUACACCUCAAUGGCUUUUCACUUGUGGCUGAAUAGGCAUUACUGAGUGGCAAUGGGGCGUUCUCAUGUAAAAUAAAUUUGCUGUGUGGGCAUGUACCCAGACUUGUGUCCUACUCUGAGGUGAGCGCAGGCCCAAAUUAACAAUGGGGCAAAUGGAGCUACAGCUAUUGGCUUCCACAUAAAUAUAGAUCCAUCAUCACGACAGUAUGAUGAUGACCAGCCACCAGCUAGCCACACGGUCGGUCUUAAUUCAGAAGUAUUAAAUUGUAUUUCUCUUACAACCUAGGGUAUACUGGGAAUCCAUUUAGUACCAUGGGGUAUAGACGGAUCCACUAGGAGCCUUGGGCACUUUAAGAAUUUGAUAGUGUGCGCUGGCUCAUCCCUCUAUGCCCCUCCUACCAGACUCCGUUUAGAAAAUGUGCCCGGAGGAGCCGGUCAUGUCUCUGGAAGCUCCUGAAGAGUUUUCUGCAAUUAUUUAAUAUGUUUGUUAUUUUCAGGAAGGACUGGAUGGCACCAACCUGCCUGCUUCUUGGGACUUGGGGGGGGGGGGGAGGGGGGGAACGGGCCAACCUCUUGAAGGGUCCCGUUCCCCGCUAUGGCAGUGUCAGCACGCAGGGGCUUAUGGCUACGCAAGUGGACUGCUGACGCAUACUUCAGGAAAGGCGUCCUUCACAGGAGAGGCCUUAUUUGGAGAUGAACUAGACCAAUGGAUCUCCAAAGCUACUGCGGAUAAGUCUACGUAUCUUCCUUCUGCAGCUCCCCCAGCCAGGGAGGCUUACUCAGGUUCCAAUUUACAGUCCUUUCGGACAGCCAAGUUUAGGGGCAAAACCAGAGGUUCUUCUACAGCCACCAGAGGCGGUAGAGGUAAACCACGCAAAUCAGCAACUGCCGGUUCUCGGGAACAGAGCUAAAGCUCUGCUUCCUCAAAGCCUUCAGCAUGACAGUGGACCGCGUUGCCUGGAAGACUGGCGGGUGGGAGCCCGACUAAAAUUCUUCAGUCACAUCUGGACAAGUUCGUGCCAUAGAUCUUAUUUCCCAGGGCUACAGACUGGAGUUCCAGGAGCUACCACCUCACAGAUUCUUCAAAUCAAGCUUACCAGUUUCUCAAGAGGCAAGUAUAACUUUACAGGACGCCAUUCAAAAACUGGUACAGACUCAGGUCAUUGCUCUAGUUCCACCUUAUCUGCAAAACAAGGUGUUUUAUUCCAACUUGUUUGUAGUACCAAAACCGGACGGUUGAGUAAAACCGAUUUUGAACCUCAAAUCGUUGAACCCGUACUUACGAGUGUUCAAAUUCAAGAUGGAGUCUCUGAGAGCGGUGAUCUCAGGUCUGGAGGAGGGGGAAUUCCUAGUGUCUCUGGAUAUCAAGGAUGCGUACCUUCACAUUCCGAUCUGGCCGCCUCAUCAGGCUUAUCUACUGUUUGCAUUGAAGGACUGUCACUGCCAGUUCCAGGCCCUGCCAUUUGGUCUCUCCACGGCACCAAGAGUGUUCACCAAAGUGAUGGCAGAGAUGAUGUUUCUACUCCACAAACAGGGAGUGAACAUAAUUCCGUACCUGAACUAUCUUCUGAUAAAAGCACCGUCCAGGGAGCGGUUGUUGGACAGCAUUGGCCUCUCAACCAGACUACUUCUGGAUCACGGUGGAUACUGAACUUACCAAAAUCUCACCUGGAACCGACGCAGAGGCUUCCUUUCCUGGGAAUGAUACUCGACACAGAGUCUCAGAGAGUGUUCCUUCCCUUAGAAAAGGCUAUGGUAAUCCAGUCGAUGGUUCGGGCUGUCCUGAAGCCAACCCGGAUCUCUGUGCAUCUGUGCAUUCGCCUUCUGGGGAAAAUGGUGGCCUCUUACGAGGCGCUUUAGUACGGAAGGUUUCAUGCGAGUCCCUUCCAGCUGGAUCUGUUGGACAAAUUGUCCGGAUCGCAUCUUCACAUGCACCAGAGGAUCAGUCUGUCGCCAAGAGCCAGGAUCUCCCUUCUUUGGUGGCUACAGACCACUGGUUCGGAGGUUCGGGAUUCAGAAUUGGAUUCUGCUAACCACAGACGCAACCCUCAGAAGUUGGGGAGCAGUCACCCAGGGGGUGCAGUUUCAAGGAAGAUGGUCAAGUCGGGAAAUUGUCCUUCCAAUAAACAUCCUGGAACUCUGGGCAAUCUACAAUGCCCUACUGCAGGCCUCAUCUCUACUUUGGAAUCAGGCCAUUAAAGUCCAGUCGGACAAUGUUAUGGCGGUAACGUACAUAAACUGACAGGGCGGAACGUAAAGCAGAGCAGUAAUGUCAGAGGUGUCAAGAAUUCUCUUCUGGGUGGAAAAACACGCCCUUGGCGUUGUCGACUGUCUUCAUUCCGUGAGUAGACAACUGGAAAGCAGACUUCCUCAGCAGACACGACCUGCACCCGGGGGGACUGGGGCCUCUACCCGGAGGUGUUCCGGUGGUUGACAAGUCGGUGGGGAUAUCCACAGAUCGACAUGAUGGCCUCUCGACUCAACAAGAAGCUCAAGCAGUAAUGUUCCAGGUCAAGGGACCCACAAGCAGUGGCGGUAGACGCUCUGUCAACUCCAUGGUUCUACCAGCUGGUGUAUGUGUUUCCUCCACUUCCUCUGAUCCCAAGAAUUCUAAAGAGAAUAAAAAGGGAAAAGGUUCAAGCAAUACUCAUUGCUCCGGACUGGCCACGAAGGGCCUGGUACGCGGAUCUUCUCGAGAUGCUGAUCGAAGAUCCGUGGCCUCUACCUCUUCGCAAGGAUCUUCUGCAACAGGGCCCGUUCAUGUAUCAGGACAGGCUACGUUUAACGGCAUGGAAGUUGAACGGCUGAUUCUAGCCAGGAAAGGGAUUCCUGACAAGGUCAUCCCGACUAUGAUCAGGAAAGGGGUAACGUCUAAACAUUACCACCGUAUAUGGAAGAAGUAUGUCUCUUGGUGUGAAAGCAGACAAUAUUCUGCGGUGGAGUUUCAUCUGGGACGUCUCCUACUUUUUCUGCAGUCGGGAGUGGAUGUGGGCCUACGUCUAGGCUCCAUUAAAGUCCAGAUUUCGUUCUUGUCUAUUUACUUUCAAAAACAAUUGGCUUCUCUUCCUGAGGUCCAGACGUUCUUGAAGGGUGUUUUACACGUCCAACCUCCCUUUGUGCCUCCCAUGGCACCUUGGGAUCUCAAUUUGGUUCUGCACUUCCUACAUUCGGACUGGUUUGAACCGUUACAGGAGGUGUAUGUAAAGUACCUUACGUGGUAGACCGUCACACUGCUGGCCUUGGCUUCAGCAAGACGUGUGUCGGAGCUGGGGGCAUUGUCUUACAAGAGCCCCUACUUAAUUUUCCAUGAGGAUAGAGCUGAACUCAGGACUCGUCAGCAUUUUCUUCCUAAGGCGGUGUCCGCAUUUCACAUCAACCAACCUACUGUGGUUCCGGUUGUUACGGACACCUCUGCUACUUCAAAGUCUUUGGAUGUUGUGAGGGCUUUGAAGGUUUAUGUAAAGAGGACAGCUCGUCACAGGAAAUCGGACUCGCUGUUCGUUCUUUAUGAUCCCAAUAAAAUUGGGUGUCCUGCUUCAAAGCAGUCAAUUGCACGCUGGAUCAGGCUCACUAUCCAGCAUGCUUAUUCCACGGCAGGAUUGCCGGUUCUAAAAUCUGUACAGGCCCACUCUACUAGGUCGGUGGGUUCUUCUUGGGCGGCUGCCCCGGGUGUCUCGGCUUUACAGCUCUGCCGAGCAGCUACUUGGUCAGGUUCGAACAUGUUUGCAAAGUUUUGCAAGUUUGAUACUUUGGUCUCUGAGGACCUGGUCAAUCAGUUCUGCAGGAACCUCAGCACUCUCCCACCCGGUUUGGGAGCUUUGGUACAUCCCCAUGGUACUAAAUGGAUUCCCAGUAUGCUAGAGAAAAUGGGAUUUUAAUUACCUACCAGUAAAUCCUUUUCUCGUAGUCCAUAGAGGAUACAGGGCGCCCGCCCGGUGCUUUGUUCUUCCUGCACUGUUACUUAUUUAAGUAUUCUGGUUGGUUCAGCUGUUGCUGUUCCUGAUUUCAACUUUGGUUAGCAUGGCUUUCCUCUUGGUUUUGUGUGUGCUGGUUCGUAAUCUCACCACUUUCUUUAUCUAUCCUUCUCUCAAAGUAUGGCCGUCUCCUCGGGCACAGUUUCCUAGACUGAGUCUGGUAGGAGGGGCAAAGAGGGAGGAGCCAGUGCACACUAUCAAAUUCUUAAAGUGCCCAAGGCUCCUAGUGGACGUGUCUAUACCCCAUGGUACUAAAUGGAUUCCCAGUAUCCCCUACGGACUACAAGAAAAGGAUUUACCGGUAGGUAAUUAAAAUCCUAUUUUCUAUUUCUUCUUCAGAGUCCAUAGGCAUCCACAGGGGUGAGGUUGAGGUGUAGGUGGUUGGAAAGGACCGGACACCAAACAGUUAAAGCUUUCAGCUCUCAGGAUGCCCUGGUCCCUCCUCCCCCAUACCCCACUCCCAAUCAAGGCUAGCCAGUUUUGUUUUGGUACCUCUUUUAACAGUGAAGCUGUUUUUAAACAUCCUCAAGCUUUUCUUUUAUGAUUUGUUUUAUCUGUGUUUUAACCUCAGAGCAAGCAUAGGGCGCCAGCCCUGUUGCUCCUACAACCUCCCGCUGGCGCUGCAACACUGGUGUGUGUGCCAGUGAUUACAGCAGGCACCUUGGAGCCCAGCUAGCAAGCUCCAUGGCGGACCCAGGCUGCAGCUGGAAAACGGGGGGACAGGUAAGGCGGGGAACCGGGUCUUAGUGCAGCCUUUCCUCCAGUUAUGACCGGAGGCGCUAAUGUGGGCACCGGUUCAUCUGCGACCCCACUAGUCCACCAGGACAUAAAAUACUGGCAACAGAGGGCCAUUAGUGAGGCAGGUGACCCUGGAGGUUAACUUCAGCAUGGGGAGGUAAGCUGUCCCCCGAUGGCCCCCAGCUCAGAGUGCAAUGCACCUGAGCUGCAUCCUCCUCACCCUACUCCCACUGUGAGAUGCUCAUCAACCAUUUUAUGACAGUUGCUGAAGCAGCAGGCCUCCGAGAACGCUGGAUCCAGUCUCCCUGUAUACCUCUCCAUGGGGAUCAGUAUGAUUUACAGACGACUGGGAUGCUGGCAGCGAGGCGAGCGCAAAAAGUCUCCUUGUGAGCUCGGUGGCUGCUGAACUCGCCACAGGUUCUAUUCUCACUCUGUGGGUGUUGUGGACACCCACGAGAGGGAAUAGCCCCUGUUUGCCGGGAUUCCGGUAGUGGUAUCCUGACCGCCGGUAAAUUAAAUGCAUCCCCUCCUAAGGGACAGGCUAUUCAGCACUGAUCCUACCAGCUACUGCAGUUUGAGUAGUUGAUUUAAGCGUCCAUUACAAAAGGCAUUGUAUGUGUGCUAGCUCUGCUGUUAUGAUAUACUGUCUGACUUUCUUCUGUCCGUUAUACCUAUCCCUCCUGUUCUAAAUCUAAAGUAUCUGCGGCCUCUGUGGCAGCUAGACAAGUUCUUUGGCUCCGUUCCUGGUGGACGGACUCUGUUUUAAAAAUAGCUCUUGAAUAUCUGCCUUUCACAGGCGAUAUAUUAUGUGGAGUUUGAUAAGAUUGUGGCCACUGUCGCAGCUUUUAAAAACUGCUCUUAUGCCAUCAGCUGCUGCCCCGACGUCUAGGACAUCCAGUACAUUCUCUUUUAAGCCCUGUUGCCCCCAAGGGACAGCUAUAGGUCAGUCCUUUCACAGCAGACCUCUGCUUACAGGUCCAACAGGCAACACUCUAAGCAAUCCUGGGCCUCCAGAUGACGGGCCUCUUCCUGGGGGAUCCCAGGGUGGGAAGCUGACGGCUCCAGUUUACAGUGACCUGGCAUCCAACUACAACAGAUGCUUGGGUACGAGACGUGGUCUCCCAGGGUACACUCUCUUUCUUUCAUGAGGCGACCUCUUCAGUGGUUCUGUUGUAUUGGUCUUCCCAGAGGUUAAAGUGAGCCGAAACAGGGCGGAACUGCGUUUCGACAGUUCGCCUCCUCCAGCUCACCUAAUCCAGUGAGAUGCAGAGAGAUGUCGGGUGCCCGCUGAGAUUGCGUUACCAGCAGGCGCCGGCUCCUUCCCCUCAGUGGCAGCCAGAGGCAGGAGCUCAAGCAGUGUGAGACUGUGCGCUAUGGGAGAGACGUCAUAAUGUCUCUCCCGUAGUUCAGAGGAGCGGGAGGGCAGCGGUCCGGAAUCAGAAGCGGAGCUGGUGAGUAUUGUGUUUCUUUAUUUAUUUGUGUGUAUGUGUAAGCGGCGCUACUGUGGGGUAGACCAACUGGGGGCAAAUCAGCUGGGGGAAUAUAUCUACUGGGGGCAUAACUAUAGGGGGUAUAACUACAGCAGGCAUAUCUACUGGGGGCAUAUCUACAAGGGACAUAACUACUGGGGGCACUGUAUAAGGGGCGCCAAUACUAUGGGCUCUACAUAAUGGGCACUACAACUGUGGGCAUUGCAUAAGGGACAUUACUACUGAAGGCAUUGUAUAAGGGGCACUACUGCUAUAGGCAUUAUGUGUAUUUAGGGUGCUACUACUGUGGGCUUUGUGUAUAACAGGCAGUAAUGUGUGUCAUAACAUGAAUAAGGGACACUACUAUGUGGUGUAAUGUGAAUAAGAUUGUGCUACUGUUCGGCAUAAUUUGAAUUGGGGAUACUAUUGGGUUACCACUCCCCUUUGUUUUUGAGAUCACGUCCGUUUUUGCGACGCGCGCCUGCAGCAUUCGCAAUCUCUGUAUUGAACAAGCAUGGGGAAGGGGGGAUGAUUUUCACCACCUCUGUAAGACCACUUUAAGCACUGGGUCUCCCAGCAGAUCCAACAAAGCUCUGCAACAGGCCAUUCACUCUCUUCAAUAGUCAGGACUCAUAGUGUCAGUUACUCCAGAACAACAACGCACAGGCUUUUCUUCCGGGUUCAAAAGCCCAAUGUCUCCUUUUGACCCAUGCUCACCCUGAAAUCACUCAACAGGUUUAUGCAGGUCCCAGGUUUCGCAUGGAAACAUUUUGCUCCAUCGUCCUAGUUUUGGAGCCGGGGGACUUUAUGGCCUCCCUUGAUAUCCAGGCUGCAUGUCUGCGUAAGCCUAUCACUUCCAAACAUCAGCAAUACCUCAGGUUUGCUGUCCACCAGCAACCCUAUCUGUUCCAGGCCCUACCCCUUGCGACUUUCCAUGGCCUCUUGGGUUUUUACCUAAAUUAUGGCAAGCAUGGCUGCACAUCUCAGGCACCAGGGGGUCUGGAUCCUUCCGUACCCGGACAUCCUACUGAUUUUAUCCCAGUCUCUGGAGGUCUUGCGAUAGCAUAUCCAUCUGACCAUUACCUUCCUGCUAGUGCAUGGCUGGUUUAUCAACUGGAAAAAGUCCUCUGUCUCCCUCCCUCUGGGAGCCCUCCUGGAUUCUCAGGUCCUGCGGAUUCUCCUACCUGAGGAGAGGUUUAAAGCCCUCCAGGCUCGAUCUGCAAGUUUCUUCGACACCGGUGGGUGUCCUUUCACUCAGCCAUACAGAUUUUGGGGUCCAUGGUGUCCACUUUCGGCAUGGUGGAGUACACCCAGUUCCGUUCUAGACCUCUCCAACGACUGAUUUCGUCACGUUGGAACAGACAGCAUCAUCUAAUCACAUCUCAACAGUUCGGCUAUCCCCGGAACUUCAGAUCUCCCUCAUAGAUGCCAGCCUCCGUUGGUAGGGAGCAGUAACGGGUUAACGGUCCUUUCAGGGACUUUGGUCAAUAUACAUAAGUUGUCUGCCUAUAAACAUAGAGCUUUGGGCAGGGUACAGAGCUCUCUUUUUGGUACAGGACCUUCCCCACCGACCAGUUCGAUUCCAUUCGGGCAAGGCUACUGCGGUCACCUACCUCAAUCAUCAGGGGCCACACAUAGUCAGGCCGCCACGUGAAAAGCGGAGCACAUUCUCACUUGGGCAAAAAAUCAUCUUUAGACUAUCUCGGCAGUGUUCAUCCCAGGAGUCAGCAACUGGGAAGAGGACUUCUUAAGCAGACAGGACAUCAACUCCGGCAGGUGGGAUAUUCUUCCGGAGAUCUUGCAGGUUUUAGUGGACAGGAGGGGCCUACCAGAUGUGUAUCCCAUAGCCUCACACCACAACCACAAACUGCUGAUGUACUUGUCCAUUACCAGGGAUCCCGCAACCAGCUUCAUGAAUAUCUUCCCUCCAGUUGCGCUCCUUCCGGGAGUUCUUUGCAAGUUCAAGUGAAAGGAAGACAUUGUGCUCCUCAUAGCGCUAGCGUGGCUAAGACUACCUUGGUUUGCAGACCUGCAGAGUCUAUCAAUAGAUGUUCCCUUUCAGCUUCCUCUACGGCCAGAUCUUUUGGCUUAGGGUCCCUGUCUACAAACAGAUCUGGCUCCUCUGACUUUGACGGCAUGGCUCUUGAACCAUCCCUCCUACAGGCUAAGGGUUUCUCAGUCCCUGUUGUGCAAACUCUGCUUAAAGCUCGACAACCUACUUCAUCUAGGUUUACCAUGGGAUUUGGCACACUUCAUUUCAGUGGUGUUUUCACUGGGGCUAUAAUUCUACAGCCUUGAAAGUUGCCAGAGUUCUAGCCAUUGCCCAGGCCGGGUUAGACUUGGACUCUGCCUAGGGGCCCUCCAAUUACAGAUCUCUGCUUUUUCUGUCUGGUUCCAGCAAAAGAUUAUGUUCCUACCUGAUCUCAGCACUUUUUUCAGGAAGAUCCUCCGUAUUCAACCCAUUUUGUGUCUCUCCGGUGGCUCCGUGGGACUUAUUCUUAGUUCUCCAGGCUUUACAGAAAUCUCUGUUUGGACUCAGUGGACUUCAAGUGGCUAACGUGGAAGACUCCCUUCCACCUUGCUAGGUUUUCUGCUCACAGACUGUUUGACCUAGGAGCGCUAUCCUGUCGAUCCACCUUUUUGCUUUUCCAUCCGGACAGGGCUGUCCUCAGAAAUGGGUCUGGAUUCCUCCCAAAGGUUGCAUCCCAGUUUCAUAUUGCUAAAGAGAUUGAGGUUCCAGCCUUUCAAUCCUCACCACUUUCUGUAAGGGAAGCCCUGCUUGAUGUUUCACAUUUAUGUGAAUCGCACGGAAUCUUUCCGUAUAUAGGUUGCUCUUUUUUGUGUUAUAAGGUUUUCACAAAAGGGGCUGGUCUGCCCGUUCCGCGGCCCUCCCCGUUUCAAGUGUGGAACGUUACAGCUCGUUCCACUCGCUCUGUGGGGCCCUCUUGGGCAGCUAGUCGUGGAGCUUCUGCUGAAUAGUUGUGCAAAGCGGCCAUGUGGUCUUCCGUCCAUCCUUUCUUCCGCCUCCCAGGAUGCUUCCGACGAAUUGUCCAUUCAGCACAGGAUUGUCCCCUCCCUUAAGAAAACUGCUUUGGGACAUACCCAAUGCCAUCCUUGUGGAUGUCUAUGUACCCUUAAGAAGAAAAUAAGAGUCAUGGUAGAUUUACCAUAGUUAACUCUUUUUCUUCGAAGUCCAUAGGAUCCACAGGGCACCCACCCUAAUGCACCGGCAUCUAUGGGUUUGUUCCUCUUGGUCACCGGUUCCCUUCUCUAUUGUGUGAGAGAGAGUGUUUCUUGUGUGUACCAGUCUUCCUUCUCUCCUAUCCUGCUCCUGCUUGGGCUUGUUCACAAAACUGGCUAGCCUUGGCUGGGGGUGGGGUAUAGGGGAGGAGGGACCAGUGCAUCCUUGGAGCUGAAAGCUUAACUGUUUUUGCCCAGUCCUUUCCAACCACCUACACCCCAAUGGAUCCCAUGGACUUAGAAGAAAAAGAGUUACCUAUGGUAAGUCUACCAUAACUCUUAUUUUUCCACACAAAAUGAUGCAAUUUUUGUACUUUUACAUAUUUAGGGAGACAUUGGGGCUGAUAGUGUAUGAAGUCUACAUGACACUGGCCACACCCACACAGCACUGGUCACCCCCUCCCCCUGCUUCUCAUAGUAGGCCCUUGAACAUUUUCAGACCCAGGCCCAAGAGGCCCUUAAUCCAGCCCUGGGUGAGUGUCGGAUCUCCUACACCAUGUUUGGGGCUGGUUCAAUUGCUGAUACUAUUGAUGAUGACUGCUCUUACAGUAAGAGGAUUGGGGCCGGCGCAGUCGUAUAAAUACGCCCAAUGACUGAAUACCAGCGGAUGUUCGCAUUGGACUUCUAAUGUGCAACUCAGAAUCAGCCUGUGACUUGCAGAAAGAGCACUAGAGAGUCAGCUAUAACAUAUUUAUGAACUGAACUUCAAACCCCCAGAACUAAUUUGUAAAUAAAGGCUCAUGUUCUCCAGUGGUCAAUAUCCAGCCCCUGGAGGGUUAUGAUAUGAUGGUUCAGAAGACCAAUGCUGUUAAACACUAUUAAUGACAGAGAUAUCAGAUCUCGAGGAAAAGCAAUAAUUAUGACCAUGCUCAGCUAAAGGUAACAAUAUGCAAUUAUUGUGCCAAUCAGGAUAGCGAGUAUUCAGGAGCGUUACAGCAUUUUUAGCUAAAUAAUGUUCCAUACGCUCCUGCGUAGCGUAAGAAGGAGGUCACAGUAAUGGUCAGAUCGGGAGGACAGCAUAGCAUUUUGCUGCACAUGCUAUAUAGUUCCCGACCUCACAAUCCUAUUGUAGAGAUCAAAAGAAAGUGCAUACUGAGUUAGAAAUUAAUCUGCAUAUGUGUGUGCACUGAUCUGAUAAUUACUCUGUUGGACUGGAUAAAUUCCUGAUCCCAUGUGUUUAUUUGGGUUCCGUUGGCCCCUUAAAAAAAUGCCGGCAUCGGGGCUUGCAGGAUAGCCCCCCGCGAUCCUAUUAGCAACAGUAAAGUACUGCAGCUAAUAGGAUACUGCCAGUAUAACUAAUGCAAUAUAAUAUCAUUUAGUUUAUGAGGGUGAUAGUGCUUACCAGCGACCGCAGUCUAAUUUGGUUAUUUCACUAAGCAAUUAGUACUUAAAAGUUUCCUGGAAACAUUGCCAGAAUACACUCUUUUCUCACCCUAAACCUUUAUCCAUUCUUCUGUUACCUCCCACCUACUACAGACUGGUGUCAGCUGUCCUUCCUCUCACCCAGCUAUCCCCGCUACAGCUUGCACUACAUGCCAUAUUGAGACCGAUAUCUCUACUCAGCUCUACAUGUCUCUACACUGGCUCUCCAUUACUUCCAGAGCUCUAUUCUGACUACUUGCCCUCACUGCCAAAGUGUUUUCAAAUGCCUCCAUGUCAUCCAUCUGUGACCACAUGACCAGCUGCUCAUCCUGUUAGAUCUGCCGUAGAACAUAGCCUUUUCUCCUCUCUGAUUGCCAACUCUCAUUCCUACUUCUAAGACUAUGUUGCCACCCAAUUAUGGAACCCUCUUUCCUGAUUCUCUAUCCUAACCUUUAGUCUUUCAAAUGCUCUCUUAAAACCCACCUCUUCCCGUAGCUCUACCCUCACCUCACAGUGCUUUGUCUGGGUGUUCUGGAAGCUAUGGUCCCAUCUCCAUACUGAGCCCCUCUAGCGCCUAUUGUUGCAGCAUUACCCUCUCUAGAGUGCAAGCUUUCAUGGGCAGCGCCUUCCACUGUAUAUCUCACCCCUGCAUCUCAUCAGUAUUGGAUGUAUUUGCUCUUUGUUCAUGUACCAUUUGUAUGACUUUCUUUACCACUGUCCGGCUCUGUAGAGUUUUAUGUAAAUAAACAUUGAUGAUGAUGAUUGUCAUGAUCCAUCAUGGAUCUGAUCCCACAAAAAAUGGUAUUAUUCAAAUUGCAUGUUGUAUCAAUGUGUAUUCUUUAUGGAAAAUGUCAUUUCUAAAACUGUAUGCCAAAGUGGCAUUCUGUAAUUAACUCCAGGUAAUGAACGGAGUCUGGGGGGGUUUUGAUUUGUUAACGGAGAUGUAUGUGUACUCUAACCAGCACGGGAGCUUGUGAAACUGGUACUCUCUCCUGAAUGUACACAGAGAUGUUGAAUUCUUUUGAAGUAAGGCAACCGAACGUUGUUAAGAAGGGCACUUGGUCAGUACUUCCUGAUUAGGGGCCUUAUUCAGACCGUCGCAGAUGUCCGAAAAUCGCAAACAGGCAAUUUUUGGCGUCUGCACACGUGCUGUGGCCACAAUGCGCGUGAAUGGGCUUUCGUGACGCGAUCGCAGCCCAGAAGAAUGCACUUGCAUCAUGAGUGACAGGUGUCCGGGAGUCAUGAUGUGGCGUUUUUUUUUUUUAUGUUUGUUUUCUUGGAGGGGGGAAGUACACCAGGAAACGAAGGGGGUGUCAUGGCUGUUUUUAGGGCUGGCGGAUGACGUCGCCUGUAAGGAAACAUGGUGGCAGUGCCCAUGCCUAUGCAGCCAUGGGUCAACCUCUAUUUGAGGUUUUUGCAAUGUGACCACAAUUGAAUUGCGAUUGCAUCACGUUGCAGCGCCACACAUGCUGGGAGGCCUUGCCCUGUGCUGGGCAGCCCCCAGCAUGUGAGAUUAGUGGUCACAGAUUUAACUAAAAUAGCAAAAUCUGCAACAAACUCUGAAAAACCUGCCCAGUACUGUAUAUUGGUAAAUUACAGAUUUUUGGCUUCAAACAGAAUGAAGCAAGUAAUUAAAUGCCCCUGUUGGUCUAGAACACCCCAGGGAAACCUCCGCAGUCAGGGGCACACAAAGGACCUUCAGACAAGUACAAACAAUUCUGGGUUUGAAAGGGUUAAACAUUUAAAGGGUGGGUUUUUUUUUGUCAAGGAGCAGUUUUGGUGGAAGGAUAAAAUUGUGUGUGUCUUUAGCUGUUCAGGGUAAUAAGUCUAAGGGGUAUAUUCAAUUGAAGUCGAAAGCUGCCGUCUGUUGAGAAGACGGCAGUUUUCGACUUUUUAAGGUCGAAUCGUGAUUCGACCUAUUCAAUCAAACCCCAAAUUUUUCAACAAGUCGAGGAAUUCGACUUGUCGAAAAGCACGUGGAUCGGCGGAAUAGCUGCCGAUCCACGUGCUUGUGUCGAAAACUGUUUUGGCCCCCUUUUCGACCACCUCACUUCGGCUUUAAAAAAAGUCGAAGUGAGAUGGGGAGAGCAGCGCCGGAGACGGGGAGAGGCGAGGCGGGGAUCGGGUGAGCAGCGCUGGAGGAUGUCACAGCCGCCGCUUACAGCAGCGUCCACCUGGCUCAAGCGAGCUGGAGCUGAGUGGACACUGCCGUGAGUGGCGGCUGUGAUGCAGGGACAGAGAGGAGGGAAGGGGAGAGGCAGAGAGACUGGAGACGGGGGAGAGCCGCGGGCAGACGGGGGAGAGCAACUUUUUUAAAAGUUUAAUUGAGAUGUCAUUUGAAUAGUCCAGGUCGGAUCCAUUCCGAAAAUUGAAUGUCGGAAUGGUUCCGACUUCAGUUGAAUAUACCCCUAAGGAAGCCACACUGGCUGGGAUGCCCUACUCCUAUCAGGGAAACCCUUACUCCAGCACUCAUUCAAAGGUGAACCCUGUUUUCAUCUUUUUAUUUUCUGAAAUUGUCUAUAACCUGUGUGUGUUUUUAAAAUUAGUAUAUUUUGUAACUCUUUUUUUGUAACUGAAAGCUGUGAAGUUGUUCAUGAAAUUAAAUCUUAAUUUCCCGUUCUGA